CAGAGAUCUAGAGGCGAUUCCAAUAAUGGUUUAUUUGGUGGAUCAAAAUUAAUCGUAGGAUGGCAUGUUCCAGGGAUAUAUCAAAUGAUAUUGAAACUGAAGAUAUAUUAUCAAAACAUAGUAAAAUUUCACCAAAUCUUAGAGAAAAACCUUUAUCUCCAGUCCUUACUGGCGGUUUAAGUAAUAGAAGAUUUUUAAUUAGUAAGAGGUUAAAUCGUAAAAAGUCUACUAGAGUUAAACUUACUAAUAGAUUUAAAGAAAGUGAUGAAGGAUUAUUAGUAGUUAAUCCUAUUAAUGUAUCUCUGCCUGUAUCUUUUGAUGAUAAUUUAUCUGCUAGUCAAACUGAAACGUUAAUUGAUCAUCUAAAUAAAUUAGAAGAGUUGGAUAAUAGUAGGAAGAAACUUUAUAAAUUAUUAAUAAGGGAUGAUGGAAAAAAUGAUAAUUUAAAAAAAAUUCCUUCACCUAUCCCUACUAAACUUAAUGAAACCCAAAAAUGUGAAAUAAGUGAAAAAAAUAUAAAUGUAGAAAAUGAAAGCAGCUGCCAGAGAUCUGUGCUAAAAGUAACUCCUAUUUCUCCAAAGAAUCUUUCAACGGGAUUUCAAACGGCCAAAGGGAAAAGUAUAUGUGUUUCUGAGAUAGAUGUAAAGAAACAUUCUAAUUUGUUUAAUGAUAUAAUUUAUCCUACAAGGAGUUUUGGAGAGGGAAGACAGAACAAACAUACUUUUCUAAGCAAACAGAAUUGUAAACAAAAUAACUUCAAAUGUGAUGUAAACUUCAACUUGGGUGAUUGUAAUUUAAAAUGUUCGAAAACUGACAAAGUUGUUACAUCAGUACAAUCUAGUUAUUUGGAAAACUGUUUUACAAAACCUAGUUCAAAUAUCAACAUAUCUGAAAAAGCAAUAGUACAAGGCAAACAUUUUUUUGCCGAAGAAGAGUUCAAUGAUAUUAAAUUUAAUAAUGAAAAUCUGUGUGGAUUUAAAACAGCGAGUGUGCAUACAUUUAUAAGUGCAAAUGCAUGUAAAGAAGGAAAUAAUUUGAAAACUACCAAAGAUGAUACAUUUUCUUUAACACAAGCAAUAUGUGACUCAGGAAUUAGCAAUACACAAAUUAUUAACGCUUUUGAUAAUAUUUUACAUCCUGUGGAGAAAGAUGAAGAUUUUCGAGGAUUUACAAGAGCUGAUAUAAAAGAGUCGUGUACAAAACUUUUAAACAUGAAUAAUUCUAUUGAACAUAGUCUUAGAGGUUUUUCUAGAAAGAGAAAAAGAAGUAAAUCUUAUUUAGAUAAUUAUAUUUACAAUAGAGAAGAACGUAAAAGUGAAAAAGAUAUUUUUGCACCUAGGAAAAAGCAACGAAAUUCGGAAAAUACUUUAAAUGAUGUGAAAAGUAAAGAUAAUUUAUUAGUAACAAAUAAUAAUAGCAGAGGUUUUGCAAGUGCAUCAGGAAAGCCCAUAACUAUAUCAGAGAAAUAUUUGAAAGAUGCCGAGGCUAUUUUUAACAAUGUGGAAUUCAGUCUUUGUCAAGAUAAAUUAAUGCUUGAAAUUGAAGACUUUUCAAAAAAUAAAGUUGUAAAUAAUAAUUCAUGUAUGAAUUUUCAAAAAGCUUCGGGAAAAUCAAUUAACAUAUCAGAAAAUUCCCUAAGGAAAGCAAAAAACAUAUUUGACCAUUUAGAUGUAGACAUUUCUAAUAAAAAAUUUAAUAACGAGUCAGUAGUUUCUGAAUUAACUGUUCAGAGUAAAGAAAAUGAAAAAAAAUCUGAACAUUUUUCUAACGACACUCAAAAUCCAUUUAUAUUUUGUAAUAAUGAUGUAAAGCAAUCUAUUAAUAUAGGUUUUUCUAAAGCUUCUGGCAGAGAAGUAAAUAUUUCUGAAAAUGCUCUUAAUAAAGUAAAAAAUAUAUUCGAUAAUUUGAAUAUAGAUUCUCUUACGAACGAUGAUCAAACACUUGUUGGACAGUCUUCUACUACUUCUCUCAAGGACAAUGUGAAAGCAGAAUGUUUUAAUAAACAUGAGAAUUAUUCAGUAAAUGACUUGUCUGUUCAAAAUAUGUCUAAAAAGUUUUCUGUAUCACAAGAAAUAUCACUUGGAGAAUUUACAGCUGCAAGUUUACACAAGCCUGGAGGCUCCAAUCAAAGUAUUAAAAGCAGCAAGAGAAAAUUAGGAAUGUCACACUUUAGACCAAUGCAAAUUUGUGACAACAAAUUAGAUAAGGCUAAAUUGUUAUUUGACGAAGAUUUCUCAGGAAUAUCUCCUAUAAAACCGAAACGAAUUGCCACCUACACGUCUACUCCUAUUAAGCAGAACGAUUAUUUGAUUCCUGUUAAAAACGACUGCCCAAGACUAAAGAACAGCUUUAGUAAUUUUGUGGACGAGGCAGGUAUAACUCCUAUAAAAAAAAAUGUUGAAAAUAUACAGGCAGAAGUUCCAUUUAACGCCAAUUCAAAAAUAGUGUGUAUGUCUCCUUCAAGGGAAGAUUUAAUCGAAGAUUUGGAAAAGGAAAGAAAAAAACUGGAAUGCCGAUUAAGGGUUUUAUUAGAAAGAGAGAAACUUGCACAUGGGGCACUACACCGACUUCAAAUAGGAAAGUCAGCCGAUGAUAAAAAGUCGAGGAAAGGACUGUUAUACAGGACUAAAACUAUCAGCAAUAGAAAGUCUUUGGUUGCUUUUGUGAACAAUGAAAAACCUGGCGAGAUUACUACGAAUACUGGAUUACCUAUUAAUGCAAAGAAUGCGGAAAAUGUACAUUUUACAAAACAAACCUAUGCAUCUACUAUAACUGAGGAUGGGGCAAUUAUUAUCCCUAAUUCAAGAGACAUGGUGGGACUACCUGAAAUCAAAAAUGCUUUUGAAGCUAUGCCAGGAGUAGAAUCACGGCUAAUACCAAAAGGAUGGAUAAACAAUCACUGCAAGUGGAUAGUAUGGAAAUUAGCUAGUUAUGAAAAUAUGUUUCCGAAUAAUUUUGGGGGAUGUCUGAGCAUUGAAAAUAUUAUCCAGCAACUCAAAUACAGAUAUGAUCGUGAAAUUGAUAGGGCAGAAAGAUCGGCACUGAGAAAGAUUUGUGAAAAAGACGACGCUCCACAAAAAAGAAUGAUUCUCUUCGUUUCAGAUAUAAAAAUGCUAGACACAAGGAAGUAUGAAUUAGAAUUAUGCGAUGGAUGGUAUGCUGUACGAACAAUCAUAGAUGAACCCUUAUGUAAUCAAAUAAUUAAGGGAAAAAUUGAAAUAGGUACAAAGCUAUUAAUUUCAGGAGCUGAGCUUUUAAACUGCGAUGGAUGUCAUCCCCUUGAGGCAACGAAUUUGUUAUGUUUAAAAAUAAAUUGUAACUGCACACGAAGAGCCAUUUGGCACGCCAAGUUAGGAUAUCAGCGAAAUUCGAAUCCAUUUCCAGUCCAAUUACAUAGUAUCUACCCGCUUGGGGGCACCAUAGCAGCUAUAAAAGUUUGUAUCGCUCGCGUGUACCCUCUUAAAUAUAUGGAAAGGCUAGAAGGUCGCUCAGUCUGGCGAAAUAGAAAAGCUGAAGAAAUAGUGGCACAAAAAUGGGAAAAUGAAAGAAGUAGGAAGGUGGAACAGAUCGAAGAUGAAGUGAGAACAAAAUUUAAAAAAUCUGCAGAAUCAUUAAUUGAACGUCAAUCUUUUGAUUCUGAUAUACGUACUAUUACUUGUCCAAAACAGCUAUAUGAUAUAUUAGAAAGGAGCAACGAUGCAGAAAAUCUUCAGCAAAAUUUAUCCGCUUCCCAGAAGGAAGCUGUUUUAACUUAUCAGAGUAACUUAACCUUGAAGAAACAACAAGAAAUUGCCGCAGAGGUAAGUGUGUCCGUUUCAAAAAUGAAAUUGGCGAAAAGGGAUGUAGUUGCGGUGUUGAAGUUACUCGUAAUCGACGUUAUUGGAGAUUCGGAUAGACCUUUUAGUUUCUUCAUUUGGCGUCCUACAGAGGUACAUAUGCAGAGCCUAAAAGAGGGAAAAUCGUUCACCAUACAAAACGUAUUGCCAAGGCCCAACGGAGAUUUAAAUUCUACUAUGAAAACUACGUUUCAACACGAUACUGUCAGUAACAGCAAGCAUGUUAAAUAUAAAAGACGUUUAGUGUCUCUCGAAGAACUAGUUAGAUUGAAAUCAACACCAUAUUUCAAUGAAUUUGAUACAGUAGGAAUUGUGGUUCAAACCAAAAUUGAAUCUCAUAGGCAGGAAGUGUGGAUAACGGACAACGCAAGAAGGUUACUUCACGUUUCAGUAUAUGAAGGCCCGGGCACCUGUUCGUUACUGGACAAUUUGAAAAGAGGCCAACCUACAACAGUUUGUAAUUUGGUCUAUCGAGGCAUAAAAAAAGAUAUCGUACAAGCCGUUGCUAAUCACUUCACCGUAUUUUCUUCUUACUCUCAGCAUAGGCAUUUACAAGAAGGGCUCGAUACGUUAAAAAAGGAAAUGGCGAAGGAUGUGCAAAGUUUACUUGAUGACUGUGAUAACAAAAUAGAAGUGUUUAGAAUUAUUACCGAUAUAAAUAGUUUUUCUGGAAAUUUUAAUGUUACGGACGAAGAUACGUUCACUGCCGGAACAUCAUUGUUUACAUAACUUAGGAUACUGGAUAUGUUUACUUACGAAAAUGUAAUUUAUUUUUGAUAUUCUGUAUUUGCAGUCUUGUUGAUUUAUUAUAA